UGAGACAACAAACCAAACAGUACGGCAGGAUGGAAAGUGUGUUCCACGAGAAACAAGAGGGAUCUCUGUGCGCCCAGCAUUGCCUAAACGCUCUCUUGCAAGGAGCGUACUUUACACCGGUGGAUCUAGCAACGCUGGGGCAGCAGCUUGAUGAUGAAGAGAGAGCGCGCAUGGCAGAGGGUGGUGCCGAAUCAGAGGACUACAGAGCUUUCCUACAGCAACCCUCGGGAAACAUGGAUGACAGUGGCUAUUUCUCGAUACAAGUGUUGAGUGCCGCGCUGAAAGUCUGGGGUGUGGAUCUUGUACCGUACAGCAGCAGAAACCCGAUCGCUCUUGCAGCCAAGGCAAACCCCGUGAACCAGAGAGCCUUUAUCUGUAACUUCAAGGAUCACUGGUUGACGGUGAGAAAGUUGGGUAACCAGUGGUUCAACUUGAACUCGUUGCUCACAGGACCAGAGCUGAUCAGCAACACAUACCUGGCCUUAUUCCUCACACAGCUACAACAUGAAGGUGACCUACAGAGGGCGCUAGAGCUGAGUCGGCGCGCGAUCGAGGAGGAUGAGAGCGAGGAGCUGAAGGCAGCCAUGAUGCUUAGCAUUCAAGACAGCGGGGUGUUACGUGAAGGCAGCGGGGGUGCGUCCCCGGCAGUCGAACCGUCGCCGUCGGACGUGCGACAGAGACGGCAGGCGUUUCUCGACAGACUGGAGCGACAAGGAGGCGCCACGAACGUGACAGAAGCGGGGCAACGCAGCUGUGCCGCGGCCACCACGGCGGAGCAGCCAGGGGGCGCCACCGGCAGUAUACGGGGGCCUUCCGCGAGUGCGACCGAACCGUGGCAACCGGUUAGUGAAAUGUCAGAGGAUGAAAUGCUACUGGCAGCUAUACAUCUAUCCAUGGAAACGAAAUGAUGCGGUCUCUGGAUCGGAAACUGAACGUGGUGCUGAAAGUAUCGAUGUAAGCUAUCCAAGUUCUGACAUACUGAGGUUUUGGAGGGAGGUAACAGUGCAACCGCCAGCGGAUUAACAAAGCUUCGAUUUUAGCGAAGAUUAGAUUCUCUCACGGCGAACGUGGUGUGGAAGAUCAACGACAGUUGCAAUGGUAACGAAUUGCAGAUAGAAUGUGCUGUUACUUUGUGUGAUCAACGUCAUGCAUCUUUGCCAUGCUCGUGAAUUUAAACCUCGUGCGUACAUUCCCGCAUUAUACGUGCAUGCUAAUGGCAUGGCAUGCAUUAGGGUUUUGGUUGAAUGAGAACGGGUUGUGAAUGGUGGAAAAUAUUGAGGAAUUUUAUCAUCUCCAAAGAGUAUGUACAGAGUGUUUAUUUUCGGAUCUCACGACAGGUUCAUUUCCCUGUUAUAGUCCUUACGAUUAUCCUGAUGUCCAGUUAGUACUGGCAGGGGUUAAUAAUGACAAAAAUUAUUAGUAUUAAUAAAUAAUUGAUUAAUUAAAUAAUAAUAAAUUAAUAAUCAUUGUUAACCCCUGAUACUCGUUAACUAUACUUAGAAUUUCGUUUCAUGAGAAGUUUUGUUCAUAGAUGACGCCACCGGAUAAGUCGGCUUUCCAGGAACAGCAGCGUAAAUAAGUAUUGACUUCUGUAAUCACGCUUGUAGCCUAAAUGUAUUGUGAUUGACAAACAGUGUACAUUUUGUGUGUAAAUAAAUGAAUGUUUGAAAUUAUUCACGACGA